AUGGAACAAGAAAAUAUCACUAAAGUGUCCAAAUUCAUUCUCCUUGGAUUUGCUGGACAGCACAAGUGUUGGCAUAUACUCUUCAUAACUUUUCUAGUAACCUAUGUGGUGACUCUAGUGGGUAACAUUGGGAUGAUCCUACUCAUCAAGACUGAUUCUUCCCUGCAUACCCCUAUGUACUUUUUCCUCCAAAAUUUAGCUAUUGUUGAUCUCUGCUAUACCUCUGCUAUCACUCCCAAGAUGCUGCAAAACUUUGUGAGGACAGAAAAAUCCAUCUCGUUCAUAGGAUGUCUGCUACAAUUACUCGUCUAUGGUAGUUUUAUAACCAUUGAUGCCUACAUCCUGGCUGCGAUGGCAGUGGACCGCUAUGUGGCCAUCUGUAACCCACUCCACUAUCCAGUAGUCAUGUCCCGGAGACUCUGCAUACAACUGUUAGUUCUUUCAUACUUCAUGGGCUUCCUAAAUGGCUCUGUGAACACAAGUUUUACCUUUUCAUUGAACUUUUGCAAAUCUAAGGCAAUUAACCACUUUUUCUGCGAUAUACCCCCAAUUCUGGCCCUCUCGUGCUCCAACAUUGACGUCAACAUCCUGGUACUGAAAGUCUUUGUGGGGGUUCAUGUGAUGAUCACUGUGUUGGUCGUCAUCUUCUCCUACAUAUUUAUCCUGGCUGCCAUCCUGCAGAUAUCAUCUGCUGCAGGGAGGAAAAAAGCCUUCUCCACAUGUGGCACCCACCUGACAGCAGUUGUCAUUUUCUUUGGGACUCUCUGUUACAUGUAUCUACAUCAUGGCACCAGUGAUUCUCAAGAGCAGGAAAAGGCAGCUUCUGUGUUUUAUGGCAUUAUGAUUCCCAUGUUAAACCCACUGAUCUACAGCCUUAGAAACAAAGAUGUGAGAGCAGCUUUAAAACGGGUAAGAAAGAAGUGUGUCUAG